GCUGCGCGAUCGCUCAAGGCUAUCGCAUUCUAAUGAUCAUCGCGACCUCAUGAUGUCACGUGGGGCAUUUUCAUGUGGACGCCCCGCUUAGGUCGGGCCCUGUCAAGCGCCAAAGUGCAGGUCGUGGACUCAUCGCACACUCGCGGCAUGUUCCUUCCCUAUGGGGCAUGGCUCACAUGAGCUGCCACUCAAGCGAGAGCCAAGCGAUGCGGCUGAGCUACAGCUUGUUUCGACGCAUCACCUUCAACAUUCAGUGGCCCUGCCCCUUCUUGUGCGACAGCCAGCCACUUCGAACGAUCAACUGGGCCCCGCACAUUGUCUGGCCACCAGCUGCGACUGCAACUCGGCGUACUACACGCGAUAACUACACUCCAUUGUCCGGACCCACAAUUGCAUCUCGGCAUACUGAACGCGAAACACUCCAUCGUCCCAACCCAGAAUUUACGUCAGCCUCGCUCCUACAGAUGUACUCCUUCCCCGGAGGUCCUCCUGGGGGCGCACCUCAGGCGAAUUCCCACGCUCCGCUGGGUGCCAUCGCGCCUGGAACAGCAACGGGUGUUGCGCCAAAUGCCGCUCAGGAUUACGGUUUCCGUCCUGCUCCACUGCAACACACCGGCACCUUUCAGUACCAGCAGCCUCCACAGCAGCAAUACCACUAUCAACAGCCUCCCCCUCCUCCGCCUCCCUCGUACCCCCAACCGUCGCCUCAGCAACCAUACUUCCACAAUCAGGGCCCUCCGCCUCCUCCCCUACCGCCGACCGCUCCGCCGCAGCAGCAGCAAUACUCAUGGCCGCCACAGCCGUCGCAAGGAGGGUACAAUCCCGCGGCACCUCCGCCUCAGUUUGGACCUCAGGCGAAUUCAGGGACUGGAUAUAAUCCUAACGGAGCGCCAAUAGUGCAUGGACAGUAUGUGCCACCAAGCAUGUACGGUUCCCAUGCCACCGGCCAACCCGCACCACCCCCUCCACAUCAGCAAUAUCAAUACCAGGCUCCAAUGCCUCCGCCGCUAUCCCAGACGCCGCAAACUCCGAUUACUGCCCAUCAACCUCCGCAGCCAUGGAACCAGCCCGGCUAUCAACAGCAACCCUAUCAACAGCAACAGCAACAGCAUCCUCCUCCUCCACCGCCUCAGCAAAGUUACUCCCCGGUCCAAAACCAUUGGAACUCAAACCAGCUCCAGCAGCCCCAGCAGCCCCAGCAACCCCAGCAACCUCAACAGUUUCAACCUCAGCAGCCUCAGCCACCGCCGCCACCACCGCCGCCGCCACAGCAACAACUGCAACCUCUUGGGGAUUAUUACUCGAUGUCUCAGCCGCCAGUACCUACUACAAGUGGUGCGACGACCGACAAUACACAAAGUCAAUCUCCGUACCAAUUUGGGCAAUCCCAGCAACCAACCUCCCCACCACCUGCAACUCAGUAUGGGCAACAGCCACACUCGACUCCCACGCUUGGACAGGCGACUCCGUUUUCCGCAGGAGGAGGCUAUAACCACCUCGGCAAUCCAGUGUCAACUUCAACUCCACCGCAGCCUGCGGCUCCACCCAAUGACUAUGCAUACCCCCAGAACGCGCAAGUUUACAAUAAUGAGUCAGCGAAACCAACACCGCCGCCUCAACCACAACAUCUACUAUCACAGCAAAUAUAUACCUUCACGACUGCGACACCGCCACUUCCACCGCCAAACCCCUUCCAUGAGAGCCAACAGCCACAUGAGCCCACACAACCACCACCUGUGUUGCCGAUUGCUCCAGCAACGGCCCCUACCUACACGUACACACCCCCCGCAGCGUCCCAGUACCAGUACGAGCCACCAAAAAGCUUGACUCCACCUCCAGUUCCACAGCCACCUCAACCAUCCCAGCAGUAUUCUUCUGCGACAGCCGCCACACCUCCACCAGCACUCCAGGCCCAACCACAACCUCCACUAAAGGAGUACCGGUGGGCUCCGACUCCCCCGCCGAAGCCACCGACACCAAAAGCCCCCUCGCCCCCAAAACCAGCAGGCUCGGCGUGGACUUCCGCAAAUGUAUUCGCUUCCGGCGGGCUCACGAGCUGGGAAACAUAUGAUGGGUAUUAUGCGGAUGGGCCGGGCGACGAAGCGGAAUCCCCAGUGCACAAAUCUCCCACAAACAUUCACCCAGCGCAGCACCCAGAGAUUUAUGGUGAUCGGAAGCCCGUUGGUGCCACAGCAGAGGCCUCUCCGACACCCAUUCCGGCGCGUGUCGUAGAGCAAAAGCCGGCUGACUUGUCCCCAAGCCAUCCAAGUGCGGACCCUAGCCUUACAACACCACAACCUCAGAUGAAUGUUGGGUACAUCAUCUCCGAUGUACCGCCCUCUUCACAGGAGCCGGCAGUGAACCCUCAGUCACAAACAUGGCAACCGCAGUCCAACACCGUUCAUCCCCUAGUCGAAUCGACAACCCCAUCCGUUAUGGGCGACAUCCCUCCAUCUGUACAACCCGGGGUGCCGGCUGACUCGACACCCACGGCGUUCACAAUUGAUCAGAUCGUGGUUCCUGCGUUACAACAAGCUGAACAGCCAACACAUCGCAAUAUGGAGCAAUCCGAGGAAGAUGCAACAAUUGAGCGGCUUCAGGAAUUGGACCCAUUUUACCAGGAUUCCAUCACGAGGUUUAUCGUUAUGAUUGAAGCUGAGGCUGCUGCACCCAAGGACGAGGAAAAGUUGAAAAUUUUCAAAGACUUUAUGGAGCAGGAGUACUUCCUUCGAGGGCAAAAGUAUCCUCUCGCGAUCGGUGAUCCGCCGAGCAGGCAAGGUAGUCUGGCAAGGCUUCCGGUGGUUGCGGAGACUCAACCUUCUGCAGUCGCGCCCGCAGUAGAAUUUCCUCCUCCUACGCCGUUCACAGCCCCGGUUGAAGUCGAAAACCCCGUCUGCGAGCACCGUUCCGCACACGUUGAAUCAGUUAUAUCAGUGCCAGUUGUCGGCUGUGAGCCUGUACAGGCUGUGCCGAUUGCGUAUACACCGCCCGUAGCUGCGCAGAACCAGGCUUUGCUGGCGACAGACCAUUCGCAACAGGAAACCGGCUGUGAGGGUGCAGCACAUGUCGGUACAGAGCCAAUCGAUUACCCGCAGCAACAGCAGGAGCGCUAUGCCGCGCAGAAACUUGAGCAACAUCCUCCGCAGUCACAAGAACAAUAUCCCGAGCAGCAAGAGCGAUACCCGGUGCAAAGGCAGGAGCAAUAUCCCCAGCAACCGAAUGAGCAAUACCCGGCGCAAGUGCAGCAGCAACAUCCGCCUCAGCCGCAAGAACAAUAUCCCGAGCAGCAAGAGCGAUACCCGGUGUACAACCAGGAGCAAUAUCCUCAGCACCAACAGGAACCGUAUCCCCAAGAACAAAAUGGGCAAUACCCGGCGCAAGUGCAGCAGCAGCAACAUCCUCCGCCGCUGCAAGAACAGUAUCCUGAGCAGCAGGAGCGAUACCCGGGGUACAAGCAGGAGCAAUAUCCCCAACAACCGGAAGAGCAAUAUCCCAAGCCGCAAGAGCAAUAUCCCGCGGCGACUCCAAACAAAGAACUCACGCGUCAGGAAUUUGUGGAGCCACCUGCUGCACUUGGAUACGCGCCAUUCCGACCAUCUUCCGUCGAGAGCCGCUUACCACUUCAUCCUCAGCCACUAGGUACUUCGGAGUCAAACCCACCAAAGCCGAAUUCUCCAGCCCCGGAGCCGCCUAAAGCCGGACAGCCCACAUAUGCACCAUACAAGCCAGGCACAAUCACAGCGUGUUCCAACCAACGAAGGAAUUCGUUCUCUGGGGCACAAGCACCUGUGGAUUCCGCUACCGCAGACUACACAGCGUUCCAUCGGGACGCCGAGGUCACCCCCUUUGGGAAAACGUCUACGGCACGUCCGCAAUCGGAGUAUGGACCCAUUCGCCGGGCUGGAACAACGGUCGACAUGGAUUUGUCUACAAGGCCUGCUCCCAGAGUGGACGAGACUUUCCUGCCAAUGAAGGAGAGUGCUUCGGACGACUUUUUCCCCUCCUUCGAAGAGUCUCACGAAGAACCAGUCCCUCCUGCUCCUGCUCCCAUAGCUCCUGACACAGUCACCCGAGAUCUCACGCGUCUGCUGCCGCCUAAGGGUACUACGAGGCAGAAGUCUCGCGCGUUGGAGGACACGAAGUUAGCACUCACGAAUAUCAGCGAGGAUUUUUCGUUUAUCGACAAAUUAACCUCAGAUUUCGAUACGAAGGCGUUGGCCAACCGCAAAAAGUUCGAUGAAGAACGUCGGGCUAGACAAGAGGAGCAUCAAGACUACAUCGAUAGCCUCUUCGCGGCCAAUAAGAUCGGAUAUGGUGAUAUCGGCGAUAUGGAUGACGAGUUCAACAAGAAGGAAGAGAUGCUCCUGAAGGAAGAAGAGAAAAAUGCGUAUGACCGCUACGUGACAGAAGUCUUUGAGCCCGUCUACAAUCAACUACAGGAGGGAAUCAAGAACGUUAUGAAUCUCCACUUCCGAACGAGUAGGGAAUUCCUGGCCAGUUCUGUCGCCGGUAGAGAUAGGUGGAAUGCGGCUGGUCGGCCUGAGCGUGAUGCCGUCUUGCAGACUCUGGUUCGUCUCGAUGGAAUGGCCGAAAGGAGACAUGCCAGAGUUCACGAGGCAAUUGUGGCCCGAGAUCGCAGGUUCAGAAAGACCGUGACCGAACCACUGAAGGUUGUCAACGAUAUCAAGAAGAUGAACACCAUGAUCAAACACUUCGACGACAGUGAACGGAAACUCACCCUCGCUAGUUGCCGCGAAAAACAGAUGCGCACGCGAACCCUCCUCUCCGUGAUCGAGCUCGCUGUGGAUACAGGUCUCGAGCAGGACCUCAACUACAUCACCCAACUUACGAUGGAAAUCAACAAGAUCCUAGCGGCAUUACCCGGACCACCAUCCGCAUACACAGGCAACAAGGCCCAUCUGAAGGGGGAACUUCUCCAUGCCCACGCAACCCUCAAGGGCUCCCUGCAAGUGGCCGAAAACCUCAUGAAGGUCGCCCACGUCGCAUCACUAGUCUUGAACGCGGCAGAUCAUGAGGUUUCUCUCGCCGAGGCCAGGAUCAAGGGCGAAGACGAAAACGCACUUGAAGAUAGGUACCGCAUGGCGGAUGAAGCCGUCGAGGCUGAGCUGGAAGAGCGUGUCAAGGGAAUGAUGCAGGAGUAUGGGGUUGUGGUUGGGAACCUGGAGAUGGUUCUUGAAGGUUUGGGUACAACGACGGCGCCGACGGUUGCGCCAUUGAGGGUGGAGAAGUCUCGGACACCUGGGCCGUCCAGCCCAGGGCUGAUGGGGCCUCCGCACCAGCCGCCACCACCACAGCAGCAGCAGCAACAGAUGAGUCCGCUGGAAAGAGCGAGACUACGGAGUCAGGGCGGGGGUAAUGUUAUUCCGUACGAAUAAGGGGUUUUGUUUUCGAUAUCUUGUGUAGCUUUGGGUAUUUGUGGUCUCUUUCGGGAAGACUUUUAAUGUCGUAAUGAAUGCUAUUCUUUGUUAGAC